CACUAACGUUGCUAAUAUGGAAGUGAAAUGCUUGACAACCGCUACGCGAAACUAGUAGGAAGUAAAUAACAUAAGUGUUUUUAAAUUAAAAACUUGGUACAAUGUCGAGCGGCCGCGGCAGAGGGUACACGGGGCGCCAUCACAUCCGCGAACCGCGGCCCGGCGACCUGGACAAUGACGAUGUGAACGCGGUGCGAACACUGACAGAGCUCAGUCCGAGAUCCACAGAGGCGAAGUUGGACGGCGAUGCGAAAGAGGAGGCGGCGCAAGAGGAGACGGGCGACGAUGAUAGUCUGCACGGCAUGUUGACGGUGGACGAACAGUUCACCCCGUUGUUGACCUUGCUGGAACAAUUCACGCCAGGCGAAGACGGCAUACAGUUUAACAGAAAACUGAGACAGUUUGAGACAACUGUCACAGAACUGUGUCCAGACGAGACCAGGUUACAGCAAGCUUUCGCCACGUUCCGCGCGGCGGCGCUGCAGAGCUCGGUGACGUCGCGCAAGCUCGCCACGGUGGGCGCGGCGUUCACGCGCCAGCAGCGGCAGGGCCUGCUGCGGGCCUCGCUGCUCAACGUGAUGCAGGCCACAUUUACAAAAUUGGAAGUAUUGGAGCGAUCGAAUCCCCUGUACCUUAUAAAUGCAGCGAAUCUGAUGGGAGACUAUUUCGCCGAGGCGCGCCUGUGCAAUGGUAAAAAGGUUCACAUACUGGCCGGGCCGCUGGUUCAUUACAUGCGCGCAUUGCUCGCCAGCGAUGAUAUAAGAGCACACAGGAGUCUGGCGACACAGCUAAUGCAAAACGGUCGAGAACUCCUCUCGAUACUGUCGCAAGAACUGGACGAGCUGUCCAUAUCGAUCCGCCUGCGGCUGCUGACCCCGCCGCCGGUCAGCAUCAUCUGGCUCCUGCUCUCCGCAGACCUGUGCCUGAACAAGUUCCUGCCGCUGCCGAACAGCCUGCAGCAGUUCUAUGCGUCCCACCUGGACCUCACGAGCGAUGAGAGCUUCAGCGAGGUGUCCUACGGCUCGUGGAAGAAGGAUAUUGUCACGGAGAAGGUGCAGCAGAGCGUCUCGCAGAUGAAUCUGGGCCAAGAGGACGAUGCCAAGCCUAAACUGAGGCCGAUAUUGGGGGCUGGUGCCGGACUCUUGAGACAGGAGCAACAGGACUUCGACACGUGGAGCACAAAGAGCAGCCUCACCAAACGCUACGACCUGAACUCGUGGCGGCAAGACGAGAAGGAGGAACCGGCUUUCAACCCCAGCGUCCCACCGCCAAACUACCAGGAGUUUCCGUACAACUACCAGGAGAACUUCUAUUUGCAACAAGGGGACGGAACGUACAUAACACAACAGAAUGUCAACACAAACGUGGAAUACCCGGAGAAGGUGAACAACGAGGUACAAAAAGCCUGCCGGAAAGAUGACAAUGACGACAAAAAAUACAAAUCGAAGGACAGUCUCAACGACGAUGAGAAGUUUCGCUCCGGCUCCCGGAAUUCCUCGCGGCAGAAGCUCAGGCGAAACAGCAGUGAGUCCGCGGACGUGAAACCGAGGAGACAUGUGAGUGACGUGCCCCGUAAUCAUAAGUAUUGGGAUCACGAUGAUCGCUGUGACAAAGAUUACAACAGUUAGUGAUGUGACGAAACGUUUACGAGUGCAGUGCAGUGUUGUUAGUUUCUAUUCAGUGACUGCGGUGACUUAUUGAGGAGUUUUUUGCGGAGGAGGUAUCAUGUUUGGAAAUUGUUCUCGGACGAUAGUGUUUUUGCCGCUCGCUUCAAAGGUUGGGAUCUGAACGAAAGAUGUGGUUGAGAUGUGAGUAGUGGGUCUGAAUCUAUUUUUGGAAUUUAUCAUUUA